AUGUCUUCGGCCCUUUCCGGCUGGGCUCAGGAGAAGGCCCCACCCACGGCCGUCCCAGCCGGGGACCUCCUUUUCCGGAAAAGCCCGAGAGGCUUCCGCCGAUCGCAAGGCUCCGGCGUGGGCUUCCAACGAGGCCCGGCCGGAAAUGCCCGAGCCCUUCCGGAGAUUGCCGAAGGUGUUGCUCUUCUCCAGAGGAAGCGACUGGAUUAUCAUCUUUUCCCCCUCUUCUUACUUAGUUCCUUUUGCUUACUCCUUGCAGAUUACGUCUACUUUGAGAAUUCCUCUAGUAAUCCCUACCUCGUCCGUCGAAUCGAGGAGCUCAACAAGACGGCCAACGGCAACGUGGAGGCCAAGGUGGUCUGCCUCUUUCGACGCCGCGACAUCUCCAGCAGCCUCAACAGCCUGGCUGACAGCAACGCUCGUGAAUUUGAAGAAGAAUCGAAGCAGCCUUCCGUUUCGGAGCAACAGCGGCAUCAGCUGAAACAUCGCGAGCUCUUCUUGUCGCGCCAGUUUGAGUCUCUGCCCGCUACCCACAUACGGGGGAAAUGCAGCGUUACCCUGCUCAAUGAAACAGACAUCCUCAGUCAGUACCUGGAUAAAGAGGAUUGUUUUUUCUACUCGCUGGUUUUUGACCCGGUUCAGAAGACUCUCUUAGCUGAUCAGGGGGAGAUCCGGGUGGGCUGCAAGUACCAAGCGGAGAUCCCCGAGCGACUUGCAGAAGGGGAAUCGGACAACCGGAACCAGCAGAAGAUGGAGAUGAAAGUGUGGGAUCCUGAUAACCCCCUCACCGACCGGCAGAUCGACCAAUUCCUGGUGGUGGCUCGGGCCGUUGGCACUUUCGCACGAGCCCUUGACUGCAGCAGUUCCAUCCGUCAGCCCAGCCUUCACAUGAGCGCAGCGGCUGCUUCUCGAGACAUCACACUGUUUCACGCAAUGGAUACCUUGCAACGUAACGGCUACGACCUGGCCAAGGCGAUGUCGACUUUGGUGCCCCAGGGCGGGCCCGUGCUGUGCCGGGAUGAGAUGGAGGAGUGGUCGGCUUCCGAAGCCAUGCUGUUUGAGGAGGCCCUGGAAAAAUACGGCAAGGACUUCAACGACAUUCGGCAGGAUUUUCUGCCUUGGAAGUCCCUGGCCAGCAUCGUGCAGUUCUACUACAUGUGGAAAACCACAGACCGAUACAUCCAGCAGAAAAGGUUAAAAGCGGCCGAAGCUGAUAGCAAAUUGAAACAGGUGUACAUCCCAACCUAUACGAAACCGAAUCCGAACCAAAUCAUCUCCGUUGGCUCCAAACCCGGAAUGAACGGAGCCGGCUUUCAGAAAGGCCUCACCUGCGAGAGUUGCCACACCACCCAGUCAGCCCAGUGGUACGCCUGGGGCCCCCCCAACAUGCAAUGCCGCCUCUGUGCCUCCUGUUGGAUCUACUGGAAGAAAUAUGGCGGCCUGAAGACGCCAACGCAGCUCGAGGGAGCCGCCCGCAGCGUUACAGAGCCCCACUCUCGAGGCCACACGUCUCGGCCAGAAGCCCAGAGCCUCUCGCCGUACACGACCAGCGCAAACCGGGCCAAACUGCUGGCGAAAAACCGGCAGACCUUCCUGCUGCAGACCACCAAGCUGACCCGCAUUGCACGGCGAAUGUGCCGGGAUAUCUUGCAGCCACGGCGGGCUGCCCGGCGCCCCUAUGCACCCAUCAACGCCAACGCCAUCAAGGCAGAGUGCUCGAUACGGCUUCCCAAGGCAGCCAAGACGCCCCUGAAGAUCCAUCCUUUGGUCCGUCUUCCUCUGGCUACCAUUGUCAAAGAGCUGGCCGCACAGGCCCCACUGAAACCCCGAACCCCUCGAGGCACCAAGACGCCCAUCAACAGGAAUCAGCUGACCCAGAACAGAGGUUUGGCUGGCAUCGUGGGCAAACGGACUUUCGAGAACGUGGCAGGGGGCGGGCUCCCCUUCUCGGCCAACGGGCGGCCCCUGACUUCCGGAAUGAGGUCAAGCACUCAGCCUGCCAUGAAACGUCAGAAGCUGAACCCGGCCGACGCCCCCAAUCCUGUCGUUUUUGUGGCGACCAAGGACACCAGGGCCCUGCGCAAGGCGCUGAGCCACUUGGAAAUGCGCCGUGCUGCCCGUCGGCCCAACCUGCCGGUCAAGGUGAAAUCAGUGCUGCCCCUCAGGCCCCUGGGGGCUCCCCUGGUGCCCGUCCCCCCAGUCCAUCCUGCCAGCACCAGCGAAACCAUCAUCCUGGAAGACUGAGUGCGGGGCUCCUCUUCCAGCCCCUCUAGGAUGCCGGUAGCCACCUCGCCCAGCACUGAACGCCGCUUGUCCCACGUCGGAGGCCUGUCUGGCGGAAGACGCUUCCGAGGCUCCUGUUGCCAAGCAUUUGCUGUCAACGGGCAGGGGAGGGGACACCCCCUCCCCGUGGCGGAUCCUGGGUAUCCCACACUCUCUUUUUUAUAUAUAAAUAUAUUUUUAAUUUCCACAUUUUACAUUUUUACUCCCGGCCCACCCUCCCUUCCUCCUUGCUGAUCUUAAUGCACAAACGUCCUUCUUUUUAGGGGCGCCCUUGUUUGCGCCCUCCUUGUUUUGGGAGGGGGACACGCUAGGCCUGGAAUUGGAGGAACAGACAUCCCUUUUCAAAACAUCCUCCUAUCCCACUGUUUAGCUGUUUCCCUUCUCUCCCUUUGCUGUCUGUGUUGUUUCUCCUCUUCUUCUUCCUCAGCUCCCAUAAAACCCUCCUCUUCCCCCCCCCAUUUGGGAACAAGGAGCAGUCAUGAUUUCUUGUUAAUGCGGCCAUCCUCAGAGUCUCCCUCCUCUCCCCCCCCCCCCC